AGAAUCUUCCACAGUACUGUGCGCAGUCACAGUUGUGCAUUACUCGCCGGGAGUGAGUAUUCAGCAAUAAAGGAAUGGAGAUGCUGGGAGCUGUUUUGGGGCUGUUGCUGGCCAGGACCAUGGCCUGGAGCUCAUCUGGACUGAACAACACUCAGCUCGUCAGCAACCUGAGACGAAAUGGUGUCAUUCAGUCGGAUCGUGUGUUUGAAGUUAUGAUGGCCACAGACCGGGGCCAUUACACUAGAACCAACCCCUACGCUGACUCCCCGCAGCCCAUAGGUUACCAGGCGACCAUCAGUGCCCCUCACAUGCACGCACAUGUCCUGGAACUGUUAAAGGAUCAGCUAUUUGAAGGAGCUCAGGCCCUGGACGUGGGCUCAGGGAGCGGGUACCUGACAGCUUGUAUGGCCCGAAUGGUGGGGCCCAUCGGGAAGGUGGUCGGAGUGGAGUACAUCGAGGAGUUGGUUAAUAUCUCCAUUAAAAACGUGAAGUCGGACAAUGCUUCUCUGCUCAGCUCGGGGCGUGCCAAGCUGAUCGCCGGAGACGGGUGGCUCGGGUAUCUGGAAGAUGCUCCAUACGACGCCAUCCACGUGGGGGCCGCGGCGCCCACGGUCCCACCCGCGUUAAUACAGCAGCUGAAGCCUGGCGGGAGCCUAGUGCUGCCAGUUGGAGAAGCAGGAGGUCGGCAGAUGCUGGAGCUGCACCACAAGGGCAGUGAUGGCGAAGUCACCCGCACCCAGCUGAUGGGGGUGAUGUAUGUACCCUUGGUUGACCUUGGUGCUGACAAGCAGAGGAACGGAUAGGGAAGAGCUGUGAGGAGAUCCAGCCAUUAGGACACAAGAGACGGACUAAACUCUGGAGACGAGGCCGCCCGUACAACUCAGUAACUCUACACCCUGGAUUCACACCUUUCCUCUAAUAUUAGUCUUCACACCCCCCUGACCUAUCAGUACUGACACACACACACAGACACACAUCCAACUGUCAGUGCUGACUCUCUCACACACAUGCACCCCGACUGUCAGUGCUGACACUCACACACAUACACCCCGACUGUCAGUGCUGACACUCACACACAUACACUCCGACUGUCAGUGCUGACGCUCACACACACACACACACAACCUGUCCUGUCAGUGUUGACCCUCACACACACACAGAUGUCCUGUGUGUUGAGUCAGGCCGUGCUGUCAGUGUUGGGAGGGGGAGGAAAUCCCGAGAGGAAUAUCAGAUGCUCUCAGUCUCCUGAUCUUCACAGAUGAUGAGUUGGUGUCUUCAUGUUCUAACAGUAUUUAGAAUAAAGCAGUGUGUACCUCUCACUGAUGUUUUCCUGUGGGCUUGCUUGAUGCUCUGUUGAUGUUUUGCUCAAAGACCUCUGGCUGGUAUGGGUCAAUUAGGUCCCAGUCUAAUUUACUCCCAGCCUCUGCUAUUCUGUAUAUCGCCCCACCCCAAAAGCCUGUGAUUAAACUUUUAAAACAU